AAAAGAUCGUGUCCGUCUGAUAUUAAAAUUAAGCUAUAAUUAGCCUAACGAUUGUUGUAUAAAUACGGGUCCAUCUCGCUCAUUUAGCUCAAAUUUUCCACAAAGGCUUGCAAGUAGCCUUUACUUUGGAUUGUUUUUGAUAAGCAACUGGGACUGCAGGGAAAUGGCAGCGGAGGAAACUGAAUUUCUUAUGCAAGAGGGCUUGCUGUAUCCGCAGCCCAAAUAUGGAAAUAUGUACGUGUUGAAAGUGACAACAGAAACGACAGACAAAUCUGGUGCAUGUCUUGCGUUGAAAGCAUUAAUCCGGAAUACAUGGAAACAGUUCAAUGUUAGACAGUUUAAUGUUGUGGUAGGGUUCGAUCCACAAGUGUGGGAAGAUGUACACAAAAACAAUUCAGGAUGGCGUGAAAAAGCUGGCAAAUUAGAGCAAAGAGACGACGGAAUGUAUAUCGUUCCGCACAGUAAAAAAUUUGUGAAUACUGCAGGUUUUUGUAUCAUCGCUGUACGUACCAACCAAGCUGGUGAUGCCCUUUUCACCAAAAGAGUAAAUGAAUUCGAAGCUGAAGUGGAUAACAUUGUUUCACAGUUCAAUCUGAAGAAGGAGGAACAGAAAUGUGAUGCGAAGGAUGUUAUUAGUGGCUUGUUUGUGGAUGGGUUGGCUAACAAAACUGAUCCAAUGAUAAUUCAGGAGUCGACUGGCUGCGUGGGUGGUGUAAAUGGGUGGCCAGGCGGGAGCUACAUGUUGCAUCAGAGAUUUCUCUUCACAUGGGAUAUUUUGGGGCAAAAGAAUUCUUCAGACAUAUCGCGCAUGUUGGGUCGACAUCAGGAUAGUACAAUAGUAAUGGCGAAGAGUGAAAGAGCUCACAUUAAAUGCGCUCAUGUUACAGAACCUUCGCACAACGCUCGAUCCAAUUUUAAGAUACAUCGCCUUUCAAUGACAUUUGCUGUGGAGGUUGAUGAUGAACAUAAGGGUGGGUUUGGCGGCGCCAACAAAGAAGAUGGUAUAUUUUACAUGUCUGUUGCAAAGUCGACCACGUAUAUCAAAAAAUUAUUGGAAAACAUGGUUGGUACUCAAGAGUCGGUCACAAAUGACUUGUUGAUUUCAACUGUUACUACUACCGAUGGUGCAUUUUAUUAUGUGCCUGCAAUGAAGGAAUUCGACGAAACCAUUACCAUUGGCGACAAUCCCCACCACGAUCUGCUGUUGGAUCACUGGAACAUCAAGCCUUCCGCCAACGAUUAUCUGUUCUACAAUCACAAGGAAUACCUUUACAGGAUGGGUGAUUCUAAGAAUCGUAAAAUAGGGUACAAGCCUUAUCCUGACCCUCCAACUGGAAGAGUUUUAAGCUUAUUGGUUGCCAUGUUUGAGCAAUGGGAUCACACUUGGUUUCAGGAGAAGACAUGCCACCCUAUACCUCAUCUUGAAGAUGUAGCUCCUAAAGCAACUUUGCCUAACAUUAUGUCCCUUUCCUUGGUCGUUCGUAAGGCUUGGACUAUCAGGUUAUCCCUGGAAUGCAUCUUUACGACAAACCAAUUUAAUGAUAUUGAAAAUCAUUAUGGCAGGCUCAAUGAUUUAUUUCAAAUAGAUCCGAAGGAUUUACUAGCUGGUAAAAUGCCCAUAUUCGGCUUGGGUGUUGGGCAGAUUGCAAUGCCAUAUUAUGUGAAAGACACUGAAACAGAACUUUCCGCUGAAAACAUAAUGGCUUACUCGGCUAAAUUAUCAGAAACAUCAGGUUUUGGCCACGUCGUCCCAAAUUACAAAAAAAUCAUCCAAAAAGGAAUUCCAGCGUUUCUUAAAGAACUAGACGUAAUGAUUGGUAGCUUUGAUCCUACUACACAAGGAGAAAAAAGGGAGUACUUGGAAAGUUGCAAAAUUGCUUUUGUUGGAAUACAAAAGUAUAUGGAGAAUUAUGGCUCGCUUGCUGGACAUUUAGCAUCUAAAGGGCAAAGUGUGGACGAUAUUAGAUUUACUCUACCAAAAUCGGAGAGAGACAACUUAACAGCAAUGGCGGCUCGCCUAAAAUGGUUAGCAAAUGGUGACUCCGGGGAUGGAAAGACAGAUGGCACAGGCAAACCGAGAGAUCUUCAGGAAGCUCUUCAACUGCUUUUGGUGUUGCAUAUCUCUUUGCAUCUGUGUUGUGAACCAGUUUCUAUUGGAAGGCUGGAUGUCAUACUGGAAGAAUUCUUUGAUUCUACAAAUCCUAACAACCAAGAUCUCAUCGACUGCUUCUGGAUCAAGUUAGGCGAACGAGCACAAAUAAACCGGCAGACGCGACGAGAUUUGUACGCUGUUGGGUGCAUAGCAGUCCCAUACAGGAGCGAUGGUAAGUUCGGUCGAGGAGAUGGUAAUAAUCAGUGGGUUCAGCAAGCUACUAUUGGUGGAUAUUCAGUUGACAAAAAUGGAGUAAAACAGCCACCUUCUGCAUCCAGAAUCGCGAUUGCAAAACUUUGUCUGAAUGCAGCGCGAAGAUUACCUUUAAAUGCACCAUGCUUAUCAUUGCGACUUCAUUCUGAUAUGGACGUUGAUUUGAUUAAGGAGGCUAGUAAAGCAAUCUUAAGUGGAGGUGCACAUCCGGUAUUGCUCAGGGAUGAAUAUCUGAUCCCUGCCCUUGUGUCGACAAACAUCAGUGAAAAUGAUGCAAUCGACUAUUCCAGUGAUGGCUGUUACGAGCCAAUUGUACCAGGUAAAACUGAAUUCUCAUUUUGUUAUGUCCCAUUGUUACAAGUUCUGGAGAUGACAAUUAACCGCGGGGCUACCAUCAGUGAAGCCGGUCCAUCCGGGAUGAGAGGCUUCGCUGUGUCAAGGGAACUUCGGCCUGGUUCUGGUGACAUCAGAAAUAUGGAAGAUCUGAAGAAGCAGUUUGGCAAACAUCUGCGAUUACAAAUUCAUGACGCCAUCUUCGGGUUGCUUAGCAACUAUGGAAACAUGUAUAAAGCAUACGCAUCACAAUUGUUGUCAUGUAUGAUUGACGGUUGCUUGGAAACAGGUCGAGAUAUCUACAAUGGUGGUGCUGCUAUAAAAAUAAUUGGUUGCAUGUUGAUUUCGUUUGCCAAUACGGUUGAUUCUCUUUAUGGAAUUCAAGAAUUGUGUUUCGGUGAGAAAUCGAUGUUAUCAUUCGAGCAGAUGGUAAAAACCUUGCAUGCUGAUUGGGGUUUCUCCUUGCAAGAACCACAUCAUGAUCCAGCCGAUGGCCAACUGAGCUGUUCUAUCAGCUCUGAAAAUAUGAAACUGGCUCGAAAAUUCGUGCUCAACUUGCCAAAAAUAGGUCAGCGCUCUAAGGAAAAGUACAGCCUUAAAAACUUUCACUCCAGCUAUCGUCCACAAACAAUCAAGGGAAUCGCAGAAUGGCUUUCAAACGAAUGUGUUGCUGCUUUUAAAGAAGUAACAACCUCUGACAAGUAUCCAUUAAAGGAUUUGCUAAAAAGUCUAAAUGAUCGUUAUGGCACGACAAGCGAUCCAUCCAAAUUUAUUAACUUUAUGUUAGGAUCAGGAUCUUUUGAAGGUUAUGUCGGAUGGGGGCUUGGUAUUGGGGCAUCUGCAGAUGGUAGAAGAAGAGGUCAGCCAAUUGCUUCUGAUAUGAGUCCUGGUCCAAUUCCACAAGAUUUGCCGGAACUACCGCGACGAGAAGAAAAUAUAUACAAAUUGUUAAAGUAUUGGGACAUCGAUGCCAUCAAAACCGGAUUUCCAAAUGGUUCUGAGAUUGAUUUGACAAUUGAUGAAAACACGAAUGAGGAUAGUUUAUCGGACUUCAUAAAACAUUAUGCAAAAGGUCAAAGACGCUUGGGUGGAAAUAUUCUCACCAUUACUUGUGCAAACCAUUCAAGUUACAACGCGGCAUUAAAGAAUCCAGAGAAAUACGAUCUUCUGCGUGUUCGAACUGGUGGAUGGUCUGAAUUCUAUGUUUCCUUUUAUUCAGCUCAUCAGCAUCAACAUUUGAGACGUCCUUACGCGGUUGUUGUUGACCACAAGAUGCAUAAAAACAAAUAGCAUGUCAUUUCUGAAUAUACAUUAUCGUUUAUAAUAAUUUUGUAGAAUUUGUUUAGUUUUGUUUUUUAAUAGCAACUGUCAAAGGGAAUAAUUUUUAAAAAAAUUCAUUUUCGCUAGAUUGGCUAGUCAUAAUAUUUUGCUGGAAUAAAUUUUGCAAUUUUCCCAAAAUUUUGCAUUUUUUUUCUCAAUUUAUAUGGUUUUGUCAGAAGGUGAAAUAAACACGAUUUACCUAAAAAGAAAAGUGUUGUCGCUUUAUUUCGCACUUUGUAGAAAAUGUAAUAAGAAAUAGAUAUUAUUUCGA